UAAUGAAAGCCGUUUCACUCCCAGUAACGUGCAUGCUUCUGUCCAAUUUGGAGUUCCAGAUGUUGAAAUCUCAGCUUAGAAGUUGACUUCAACUCCUCCUUGUGGGUGGAAGCAAGGAAAACUGCCUUCUUCUAUUCGCGUGUUUCCAGGAAAUGCACCCCCCUCCUCCCUCUCCCUCUAGCCAAUUUUCUCUCUCAGAAACAAACAUUUCUCAACGUCCUGGCUCAGCACAAGUUGGCCGCACCUUCACUAAAUGCUGUGCAGGCUGGAAGAAGAAGGUCAGAGUCCUUUCUUGCGCUCCAAACACCAACUCAGAGUUAAUCUGUAACCAGUUCUCUUCUUCAAAGCAGGCACGGCAACUUAUUCUUGAGCAUGUGAUUAGACGAUGGAUCUAUAAUUAUAUCUUAUAUCUGUUUAUUUCACCAUUGGCCGAGAUCUCAGUCUGCCUGUGCACUAGUCUCCUAUUCUGCACAAUCAUGUCUCAGGAAGAAUUUAAGGACAUGCUGGACAAGAAGUUGGAAGAAGCUGGAAAGGCUGCUCCUGAAGACCAGUUGUUUACGCAUGAUGGGGGUUUAUACCCUAACAUAGUCUGUUGUCCCGACACACUGAAAAUUAUUGACACAUUUGAAGCUCGGAGUGAUGAUGUGGUAUUAGUGGGAUACCCCAAAACUGGUACAAACUGGGUUGGUCAGAUUUUAAAAGAGUUGGAAGCUGCAUCUGGAAAAUACGAUGAAGAAGAAAUGAAGCGGAGGCAGCAGAUAGAGAACGAACUAAAACUAAUGCCAUUCCUUGAAUUUGGAGAUCCCGGGAAGUUUGAGAGGUUGAAGAAGUUACCUUCCAGAAGAGUGAUAAAAACACAUCUCUUUCCUCAGAAGAUUCCCAAAUCUAUUUUCCAAAAAAAGGCAAAGAUCCUGGUUUUGUUUCGAAAUCCAAAAGACACGGCUGUAUCCUACUUCCAUUUUUCCAAAGGCAUUAAAAUCGUCCCUGAUCAGAAAACCUGGGAUGAGUUCUUCUCAGAAUUUAUCGGUGGAAUAGUUCCCUACCGCCUUUAUUUUGAUCAUAUCGUUGAAUGGAACAAGUAUCUGGAUGACAAAAAUAUCAUGUUUAUUACCUAUGAGGAACUAAAAGAGAACACAACUUUGGGACUAAAAAAAAUAGCUGAAUUCUUUAAUUUUUCUGUGACGGAACAAGAUAUUCAGUCCAUUGUGGAGAAGACCAGUUUCAACACCAUGAAAGAAAAAUCCCCCAACACCCACGGAAAACUGGGCAACGCUCUUUUCCGUAAAGGCAUAGUAGGUGACUGGAAGAGUGUCUUCUCUGAGAGCCAGAAUGAAGAAAUGGAUAGAAAAUUUGAGGAGACUGCAGCGAAAACUAAGCUUGGAAGGAUGUUGAAGUACGAGCUCUAUUGCAAGAGCUAAGGAGGGCAAUGGUGCUACAGUUCUCUCAUGCCUUCAGUUUCGUCCAUAAAGGAAGACAUGUUUGGGUUGGUUUUGUUAAAGGGAAGUCCUUCUGUUAUACACUCCACUCCAUGACCAUAAUAAAAAAUUUCAUAGAAAAAAAUUAUUAAAAUUUCUCUUUUUAAAGUAUAAA